CACUUAAGAAAGAGCAAGGGGUUUGUAAAAAAAGCUUAAUAUAAGGUGUUUUGGGCAAUGGUACAAGUCAUUUUGAACUUUUAAGUUAAUCCAUUUCCGGCUGCAACACAGAAAACAUGGUUCAAGUUGCAAGCCAUGGUGAGAAAAAAGGUGCUGAAGACAUUGCUGCCGCCGUGGAUUAUCUAGGUCGCCCGCCUGACAAAUCAAAAACUGGGGGAUGGACUGCAGCAUGGCUCAUCUUAGGUGUUGAGCUGGCUCAAAAAAUAAUGGUUUUGGGCAUAUCCAUGAACAUAGUGACCUACUUGGUUGGAGUUUUAAACCUCCCAACAGCUUAUUCUGCCACCAUAGUUACCAAUUGCUUGGGAACUAUGAACCUGGUUAGCCUUCUUGGUGGCUUCCUAGCUGAUGUCAAACUAGGCAGAUACCUCACUAUUGCUAUAUCAGCAACCAUUUCAGCAGUGGGAAUGUGUUUGUUAACUGGGGCUACGACCAUUCCAAGCAUGAAGGCCCCUCCAUGCAGUAGUGUCCAAAGACAACACCAUGAAUGCAUUGAGGCCAGUGGCAAACAAGUGGCUCUACUAUUGGUAGCCCUGUAUACCAUAGCUGUGGGUGCUGGAGGAAUAAAAUCCAGUGUCUCUGGUUUUGGAUCAGAUCAGUUUGAUACAACAGACCCCCGGGAAGAGAAGAAGAUGGUCUUUUUCUUCAAUAGGUUCUAUUUCUUUGUCAGUACUGGUUCCUUAUUUUCUGUGCUAGUGUUGGUGUAUGUGCAAGACAACAUAGGAAGAGGGUGGGGAUUUGGAAUUCCAGCAGGAAUAAUGUUGGUUUCACUUGCUUUUUUACUCUAUGGUAAACCGUUGUAUCGAUAUAAGAGACCACAAGGGAGCCCUUUAACACUUAUAUGGAAGGUAUUAAUCUUGGCUUGGAAGAAGAGGAAUCUUCCUAUUCCUUCACAACCUUCCUUUCUCAAUGGUUACUUUGAAGCUAGAAUCCGACAUACAGAGAAGUUAAGGUUCCUUGAUAAAGCUGCAUUCCUUAAUGAGAACAGUUCAAAGGAUGGAAACAAGGAAAACACAUGCAUGGUUUCCACUGUAACUCAGGUUGAGGAGGUUAAAAUGGUUAUCAUGCUCUUUCCCAUUUGGUCUACAUGUAUCUUCUUUUGGACAGUUUAUUCUCAAGUGAGUACCUUCAUCAUUCAGCAAGCUAAACUCAUGAACAGAAAAGUUGGAUCUCUAGAUGUCCCAGCAGGAUCACUACCAGCUUUUGUCAUCAUUACCAUUCUCCUCCUUACUUCCCUAAAUGAGAAACUCACAGUGCCAUUGGCUCGGAAAUUCACUCACAAUAUACACGGGCUCACAAGUCUUCAGAGGAUUGGAAUUGGACUUGUUUGCGCUACUGUUGCAAUGGUGGUUGCAGCAAUUGCUGAGAAAGAAAGAAGGGAUAAUGCAGUCAAAAAUCACACUACAAUAAGUGCUUUUUGGCUGGUACCUCAGCUUUUUCUAGUGGGUACCGGGCAAGCAUUUGCCUAUGUUGGACAGCUAGAAUUUUUCAUCAGGGAGGCACCAGAGGGAAUGAAAUCUAUGAGCACUGGACUUUUCCUAACUGCAAUUUCAAUGGGGUAUUUUGUCAGUAGCUUAUUGGUGUCAAUUGUGGACAAAUUGAGUAAGAAAAAGUGGCUCAAGAGCAAUCUGAACAAGGGAAGGUUAGAUUACUUCUAUUGGCUGCUAGCUGUGCUGGGAGUACUGAAUUUUAUACUCUUUAUUGUCUUGGCAAUGAGGCAUCAUUACAAAGUUCAGCACAACAUAGAGCCUGAAGACAAUGUAGAUAAAGUGCUUGUGAUUGCAAAUGAGGUCAAAAUUGGUGUUGAUGGAAAGGAAGAAGCAUAGAGUAUAGUCUUCAAAUAAAAAUCUAAUUCUAUUUGGCCCUACAUUGGUGUGCAAGAAGCAAAUAUCAUGCCCCGGGGAUGUUAACUUUGGGUGACUAGCAGAACCUUCUUUUAUUAUUAAAAGCAUGUAUUAUGUAUUAUUAAGUAAUGACAGAUAUAUAAAUGCAAACUAGAUUGUAAGUUGUUUCCAAAA